AUAUCUACAUGAAGGUUAACAAAAGCGAGACGGAGAAUUUUAGCGCAGUCUAGUGCGGGAACAGAAAUCAAAUCUAUGGUGGUCAUGAUAAGUACCGAUCGGCUAGAAUGUUCCGGUCUACUUCUAGUUGAGUCUAAUCAUCCCGGUCAUGAGCAUGCCGUACAAAAUAUCCCGUCGAACUCAUUAAAAAACCAUCAGAUAAUACCGACGCGAGGAAUUGCGUGAUGUCCUGCCUGGCCGAUGACGCGAUACGCGUUAUCGACAAAGUUCACAAAGCGAUUGAUACAAGGUAUAUCUACGCAUCGCAUCGCAGGUUUCUUUGUCUUUCAAAUAUAUUGCGUAUAUUGCGUAUUUCUAAUGGUAGAUAACUCUGGAAAGAUGGGUAAGCUAGGAAAUAUUUGGCCACCGGAGAUGUUGCUGCGGAUAUACUCCUUGUGCAUCCUGAUGCUGGAUCUCGCGAUGCUCUUCAUCGGAGUGAGCUGCACGAUCCUGAUCGCUAUCUACAGAAUGUUCAGACCGCCACCGUUAAAAAAUCUCAACCACGAGGUGGCCAUGGUUGUAGGUGCUGGACGUGGGAUAGGUAAGGAACUUACUCUACAACUGUGCCAGUUUGGCGUCACCGUUGCCUGCGUAGAUAUUAAUGCGUCAGCCUGCUCCGAUACCGUGGAACGUGCCCAGCAAUUAUACGGAGCCUGCAGAAGCUAUCAGUGUGAUGUGAGAGAUAAAGACAUGGUUGCACAAACAGUGAAUUUAAUUAAGAACGAGUUGGGAGACAUUACGAUGCUUUUCCAUUGUUGUGGUUUACCUAGUCCACGUGCGUUAGUGCAAGAAUCGUCAAAGGUGAGAGACAUCAUGGAUCUGUCAGUCAUCAGUCACUUUUGGUUGUUGGAUUCAGUCUUGCCAUGUAUGCGACGUGCUCAUAAAGGUCAUAUCACAAUCCUCUCCUCUGUCGCCGGUCUCUCCAAUGGAUCGAGUGGCCGAGGAACCCGAGUUCCUUUAUCCACCGCUCAAUUUGGAAUUCAGGGAUUAGCCGAAUCUUUGCACAUGGAAUUGAGACAUUCAAAUAGCGACAUUAUCGUUUCAUUGGUUCACAUUUAUCCAUUUAUCGUUGGGACGGAAAUCGCAAACGAUAUUCGUUUUAGAUUACCGAGUUACUUUGGUACAAUGCCUGCCGCAGAAGCUGCUAGACAAAUUUUAGAUGGUGUUCGUCGAAACUAUGCAGAAUUUAGCGUGCCAGGAUAUCUGCUUUAUCUCGGACAUGUACUUAGAAUUCUUCCAAAAAAAGCAUCCUUUAUGUUACGAGAUUUGUUAGAUACUGGAGUUGACUUUGCAUAAUGUUUGAUACAUAUAUAUAUUAUAUCUUAUAAUUAUCAUAUCUUGCAAGUAUAAAUAUAUAUAACUUUAUUUUAUUACCAUAUAUAUAAAUUUUUUAUUUUAUACUAUAUAUGUAAAUAAGGAUUUUAGCGAUGUUUAACAAUCUUAAAGAUUAUCAAUCUUAAAAUUUUUAUUGUAAAAUUUCUCAGGAAAAAA